AUGCCUUUACACGGUACAGACAUGGUCUCGGAACCUUCGAAUGGAUCUAAUCCCGAAAAGAAUGACGGUGCUAUGGCUGUGGGCACGCACGAUGCUGUCGUGCCCGGCAGAAACGAUGCUACGGCGCCCGCCGAGAAGUUUGAGAAGGAGGAUGACCCGAACGAGUAUGUCAAGUACCUGGGCUUUUCGGGCACCAAGCUCAACCUCCUCAUCGCAAUCUGUGCUGGUGUUGGUUUCGUUUUGUUCGGUUAUGACCAGGGUGUCAUGGGCAGUUUACUGAACUUGCCGCCGUUCCAGGAACGGUUCCCAGAAAUCAAUGCCGAUCUCGACAAGGUUUACAACACUAGCCACUACUCGACUAUGCAGGGUGCUGUUGUUGGUAUUUACGAAAUUGGCUGUUUCGCUGGCUCCGUCUCUUGUAUCCUAUGGGGUAACUACUUUGGUCGCCGCAAGAUGAUUUGGGGUGGCAGUCUGUACGCCCGUGAACACUGGGACCAUAUCCCACACGUCAAUGCGUCGUGGCAAGUGCCCAUUGCAUUCCAGAUCGUGCUGGUUCUCCCCACCUUCCUCACUAUUUGGAUGCCCGAGAGUCCCCGUUGGCUUAUGCUUCGUGGCAGGGAGAGGGAGGCCCGUCGCGUCCUCUCUGCUCUGGACGAAGUACCUCUCGGCGACCACUCUAUUGAUGUGCACAUCUUUGAGAUCAAACAGAGUCUCGAGAUUUCCAGCAGCGUGCGCUUGCGCGAUCUGUUCAAGCAAGGUGAUGGUCACUACUUCCACCGCACUUGUCUUGCCUUUGUCGUCCAGAUGUUCCAGCAAAUCAGUGGUAUUAACCUGAUCACCUACUAUGCCGGCACAAUUUUCGAGAGCAGCAUCGGCCUCAGCGACAUUCAAUCUCGUAUUCUUGCUGCCUGCAACGGUACCGAGUACUUUUUGGCUUCAAUCAUCGCGAUUUUCACUAUCGAGAGGGUCGGCCGCAGGAAGCUCAUGAUCUGGACCGCGUUGGGUAUGGCGUGUACGAUGGGCAUUCUUUGUGCGCUUUUGAGCCACAGGGCGCUUGAAAUGUCUGGUUCGGAAUAUGACCCUGCAACCGCCCAAAACAAGGGCCCUGCUAUCGCCGCUUGUGUCUUCCUCUUUGUCUUCAACUCGUUCUUCGCCAUUGGAUGGCUGGGCAUGACGUGGCUGUACCCUGCCGAAUGCACUCCUCUUCCCAUUCGUGCACAAGCAAACGGUAUCUCGACGAGUGCCAACUGGCUCUUCAACUUUAUGGUCGUCAUGAUUACCCCCGUGGCGUUCUCCACGAUCAACAACUACACCUAUUUGAUCUUUGCUGCCAUCAAUCUUCUUAUGGUCCCUGCCUCUUGGUGGAUCUUCCCCGAGACGGCCGGCCGCAGUCUGGAAGAGAUGGACCUGAUCUUUGCCAAGUCCAGUUGCUGGAACCCCUACGAUGUGGUGCGCAUCGAGAAGAAGACUCCCCGCCGCUACGACAGGGACGGCAACCUGCGCGAGGACCCCGUUUCCGAGGUCGAGCAGCUCGCUGCCGUGGAGGACUUCCAUCCCUGA